AUGGCCCGAAUAAUAUUUGUUUUAAUCGGCAUACUGGCAACUCAGAACGUAAACUGCGCUCCAAGUGAUACGAUAGAUGAAAAACUGGAUUCAGAACACGAUGAACCAGCAUUGAAUGAUAAAUCUUAUUCAAUACUCCAUAACAACGAAAAGGUUUACGGCGAGAAGUUGGAAGUUCAUCGGCAGAAGAGAACGUUCCUAGACAUUUCGCACAAUUAUCCGCCAUAUUAUGUUCCACACUCAAACAUUAGGUUGCAUUUACAAAAAUUACAAGAAAAAUUACAGAAUAAAGUGAAAUUGCCGUAUCAUCCACCUCCACUACCCAAUGUGUUUCCAGUGUAUGAACCGAAUCGCGUAUCUCAAGUACCCGGCAGUCGUAAUCCUGUAACCAGCUACGAAACUACAACUCAAGCUGCUAAAUCAACAUACGUUAAUAUAAAUCCCCAAAACAAAACCGUACCAGCAUUACACAACGGGCCUCCAGAAAUAGAAGAUGAACGGCAGAUCUGGGGAUUGGUUAUUAAUAAUACAGCGACAGAUCGUGAUGAUAACGAUCACGAUAAUGAUAACAAUGACGAUAAUGACGAUAAAAAGAAAUAUUAUUCCAAUCGUUGGACUUGGAAGUAA